AUGAGAAGAACAUCGAUGUUGACUUGGAUUCUGAUCCUCUGCCUAUCCAUGGUACCAGUGCAUAGCCAAUACCAUUCUCAGAGCCUGCCAUUGGAUCCCAAGGCAGAGAAAGUCACCAAUCUCCACUUCUUUUUGCAUGAGACCCUCAGCGGUAAAAACCCUACAGCAGUCAUGGUAGCCCAGGCAAACAUCACAAGCAACGACAACAACUCACCAGUGCCAUUUGGCAGCGUAUUUACCAUUGAUGAUCCCCUCAAGACAGGUCCCGAUCAUAACUCAGAGCUGAUCGGAAAUGCUCAGGGGCUUGGGGUCUUGGCCGGCAAAAAUACAACGACCGUGGUGUUGUACUUGGAUUUUGGAUUUAGCAAGGGUAAGUUCAAGGGCAGCUCUAUAAGCAUAUUUUCGAGGAAUCCCAUGACAGAGAACGUACGUGAGCUUUCCGUGGUCGGAGGUAGAGGAAAUUCAGGAUGGCAAAAGGGUUUGCACUAA